AUGCGCACACCAUCCCUGUUAGAACGACUCCCUGUAGAGCUCAUAUAUGAGAUACACCUCUUAGCACUGAACGAGUCUCUUCCGACCAUCAAUAAACGCUUUCAUGGCAUCUUCAAGUCGACUACCGCCUCGUACCGCGCAGAGUAUCUCUACCUGCGUUGCCGCGAUUUGACAUUACCAAACCUCUCUACGCGUAGUAUUAAUGACAUGGUGGGGCAUGCGUUGUUGUAUGCGCUGUGCGAUGAGGAGGAGGUGUUGGAUAGGUUAUUGAGUUUGGUGGAGAGUGAGUGUGUCAGAUUGAAGUUGGAUGUAUGGAAUUGGAAUUGGAUGGGUUCGAGGUGGCUGGCGUUACCGUUACCGAAGAGGUUGUUUAGAGGGCUUGUGCCGAUGAGAGGUCCUGGGAGGUAUACGCGAUUUGAUCAGCCGUUACCGUUUUUGAGACACCUUUACGCGAAGGCUGGAUCGAUCGCGAAUUUCGAUUCGGAUAGUUUGGAGCAGGGAGAAAAGACUCGUUUGAGGAUUCGGUUACCUGACGCUAACGCGCAUGAGGGGUAUGCCCUUUCGCGAGCUGUACAUGCGGGGCAUACGGAGUUGGUGAAGUUUUUGUUGGGGGUGGGAGGUGCGAACCCUGGGUUGAAGGAUGCGCUUGCUGUGAGGAUUGCGGUCAAGAAGAGGGAUUUGGGGUUGGUGAGGUGUUUGGUGGAGGGGGAGGCUGAGGAGGAGGUCGUCGCGUCGUCUUGGCAUACUAAUAGUUGUACCGAUGCAUUCCAAUGCGAGAAUAGUAUAGAAUGCACGAGGGACGAAAGGAAUGGGAAUGAGGGUAGGAGUGGGGUAGGAGAGGUGAAGGAUUCACAGAAGAGGAAGAGUGCGAAGAGGAGACGCGUGGAGGAUAGAGUGCAGGUUACGACUGCGAUGUUGAGGCUGGCUGUUGAAGUGGACGCGAGGGAUAUUGUGCAGUACUUUAUGGAUAAGGGUGCCAGGCCGGACUUUGCUACGAUUCAGCGUAUGGGACGGGCGGGGAUUGUAUGACUAUGUUUCUUUGUUUUCGAUAGGUUUUCUCUUGGAGUGUAUUAUAAGCAAAAGGAUAGAUCACU